CCUCCCGACUGACGUCAAUGCCGCAAACCCUUUUUGAGCAGCACUUUUACGGCAGACAGACAGGUACACGCGAAAGUGAAAGGCAUUUAAGAAGAAUAUUUAAAUCUCUUGGUUUGAGGCGGAGGAGUAACAACCGGCCCCUUACCGAAUUACGGCAAGCUAUAAUGAGUGAGUUAAAACACUGGUCACCUUGGCAGGGUAUCCGUGCAAUGCAUAAACGGGUACGUGAUGUCAGAGGAAUCCAGCCUUGCUACAGGAAUGAUGUGGGUGUAAUAAUGUCAGAGCUUGAUGCCAGUGGUCUUAUCAGAAGAUGUCCUGGAAUAAAGAAAAUUGAACGUAGGAAGUACUUUAGUCGUGGACCAAAUUAUACUUGGCACAUUGAUGGAAAUGAUAAAUUGAAAUUCUUUGGAAUAUGGGUGCAUCUUGGAAUUGAUGGAUUUUCUAGAAAAAUUAUUUGGCUUAAGGCUGGCACCUCUAACCGAAAACAGAGCUUCAUUGCACGGUACUUCUAUGAUGCUGUUCAAGAACACGGUGGUUGCCCACGAAUCGUUAGGGCAGACAGGGGAACAGAGAACCUUAUUGUUGGACAGAUGCAAGUGGCAUUUCAUUUCAGGCAGGCUAGUGAUCAAGGACGAGACUCCUUCAGAGUGGGCAAGUCCGUACAUAAUCAGAGAGCUGAAUUCUUCAAUAGCAUGUUGAAGAAAACAUGGAUUAAAAAAUGGCAGGUUACAUUUGAGACUAUGAUGGAAUCAGGCAUCCUCAAUUUGGACAAUCCUGUACAUAUGUAAGUUAAGUAAUUUGUUUACUGCAAACCACACCUUUUAG